CAUAUAUUUGAGAGUUAAAUUUAACAUUCAACCAAUAUAAUAAUGAUAAAACCAGGUUCAUUAUUAUUUCUAUAAAUAAAAAAGCACCGUGAACGAUUUCCAUUAGACCCAUAUAUUUGGCUUAUGAUCCCUUUGUAAUCCAAUCAAAGCGAAGAAAAUUUUAUUGUGAUUUUCCGAAUAUUUUGAUAUUCUAUUAUAAGCCAAUUUUUUAAUAAGCAAAUUAGCUAAUAUUAAACAGUUGCACCUGAGUUGUAGAUAAGGUAGUUCAUAAUUGAACAGAGGCUCCUUUGACACAGAUGCAGAACAUUCGUAAUAUUACCCUUGUCAACAAUUCCGGCAACAACCAUGAUUUGUCUCUGGCCAACUCCAAAAUGCCGCGCAACUUUAAACUGCUAGCUGAUCCACAGUUGGUUAAAUGUGGUACCAGACUCUAUCGUUACGAUGGUUUAAUGCCAGGAGACCCGGCUUAUCCAACAAUAACUCCCAGGGACCCACGGAAUCCACUUAUUCGCAUACGCGCCAGGCCUGUUGAACCACUUAUGCUUCUUAUUCCAAGGUUUGUCAUCGAUUCCGACUACGUGGGCCAGCCCCCUGCAGUGGAAGUUACAAUAGUGAACCUAAAUGAUAACAUCGACAAGCAGUUUCUUGCUAGCAUGCUGGACAAAUGUGGAACAUCUGAUGAAAUACAUAUUUACCAUCAUCCCAUCACAAACAAACACAUGGGCAUUGCUCGUAUAGUUUUUGAUAGUACGAAGGGAGCGAGACAAUUCGUUGAAAAAUACAAUCAAAAGUCUGUAAUGGGAAAGAUCUUGGAUGUGUUUUGCGACCCUUUUGGUGCUACAUUAAAAAAAGCUAUUGAGAGCCUUACAAAUCCAGUCGCUGCAAAACCAUUGAUAGGUACCAAAGAAACGUUAAAAUGGACAUUACAUCAUUCGGCUUUAGAGGACACCGAACUCAUCCACGGAAAUCUUGAAAAAAACGGCGAACACGUAAAUGAUAUCUACACCACUUUUAAAAGCAAUCCUACUGCAGACCGCAGUAGAGAUCGAAACUGGAAUCGUGACAAGGAAAGAGAUCGUCAUUUUAAGGACCGCAGUCGACACUCGCCAGAGCGAAGUUAUGAUCGUGAUCGUGGAAUGCGUGAAAACGUUGGCACUUCAGUAAGAAGUAAACGUAGUUUUUAUCGACGCCGUUCUAAAGAUAUAUCCCCGGAAGAUUCUCGGGAUAUAUUGAUCACGACAAAAGAACGAGGUAGAGAUUCAGAUUCACGGCCUCGCGAUUAUUGUCGUUCUAGGGAGCGAGAGUCGUUUCGAGACCGUAAAAGAUCUCGCGACAAAAGCCGAGACCAGCCCAGGGAAAAGAGAGAACAUCGUUUUAACUCAUCUAAAGAUCGAGAGUAUCGCGGAAGAGAUCGCGACCGAUCUGCUGAAAUCGAUCGAAGGGAUCGCGAAAGUCUUAAGUAUUGUAACCGCUAUUCAUUGCAUGAAUAUAUUGAAACUGAUAGACGCUCAUCGAAUACAAUAACUAGUUACUAUUCCGGUUCCAGUUUGCCUAGCGCGAACCAUGGUUUUAGUAGCUGUUCUUACCCUUCAAUUGAAAAUAUUCAGAAAUGGUCAGAUCAUAGAGGUUGGACCGCGCCUCAGCCCGACUUUCAGCCAGUAAAACCACCCCCGCCGCCACCAGAAGAGAUUGAAAACUGGGAUGAAGAGGAACACCAUAAAAAUUGUUUUAAGUCAACUGCGCAUUAUGGCUGCGCAAAUAUUCAACCGACAGUGCCGUCAAACGUUAAUUACAUGACUAAAUUAAAGUCAGUUACACAAUUGAAUUCCGAUCCAGGGAACGUAGAUUUAGAUACUCGAAUUGCGUUAAUAUUUAAAGGAAAAACGUUUGGGAAUGCACCACCUUUUCUUCAAAUGGAUAGUAGCGAUUCAGAAACAGAUAAAUGCAAACCUGAUGUUUUUUCAGAUGUUAAUUCCGAUUCAAACAACUCGGAGCACAAAAAAAAGUCAAGUGACAAAAAUGAAGCAAGUGAUAUAUCAAGUGAUGAAGAAAUAAUAGGUAAAAAGGACAAGUCGAAAACCAGUUUAAGUGAAAAAGAAGUAAAUGAUGACAAUAUGUCUUUAUCGAGCUUAUCUUCCCAUGAGGAUCCUAUUCAGACUAAAGAAGGUGCAGAGAAACCUAUUAUGUCACCUUACAUAUAUUCCCAUUCAAAUCAAAAUCCUUUUUAUUACCAUGCAACAGGCUAUGGGCACUAUCUAUCCGGUAUCCCGUCGGAAUCUACAAGUCGUUUUUUUUCAAAUGGCGCUUACAUGCAGUCUGAUUAUUUAAAAGCCGUUGCUUCAUUUAAUUUUGAUUCGUUUUCAAAGCCAUACAACUACCAUGAAAGUGCUCUAUCAGAUCCGAAUGAUGGGAUACGCAAAAAAGUAAAAAAAGUAAUUGGUUAUAUUGUCGAGGAGCUGAAACAGAUUUUAAAAAGGGACGUUAAUAAGCGUAUGAUUGAGAUAACUGCAUUUAAAAAUUUUGAGACCUGGUGGGACGAGCAUACAAUAAAAGCUCGUUCAAAGCCGCUAUCCGAAAUAUCAGACUCCAUUGUCAAUACACCCUUAAAUUUGAUUAAAGAUACUUCCUAUAAGGAAAAGAAUGCUGACAUUAGUCUUCUUAAUAAUUCCCAAAGGGAAGUCGCAGAUUUUCAAUCCUUCUCAAGUAUAGGCUUACGGGCGGCAAUGCCCAAGCUGCCAUCAUUUCGGCGUAUAAGAAAACAUCCUAGUCCUAUACCUAACAAAGGAAAUUUUUUGGAAAGAGAUUUAAGUGACCAAGAGGAAAUGGUGCAAUGUUCAGAUUCUGAAAAAGAGGAUUCUAAUAUGAGAAUCUCCAAUAAUGCACGUUCAAACAUUAAGGGUCCAGACCCAAUUCAAGAGUCAGAUCAUAAAUCGCGAAUAUCUGAUUUAAUUUUAAAAAGAAAGGGAAGUGCUUCAAGUUUCUUUUCAUCUUCGUCUUCUUCCGCUUCUUGUGAAGCUGAGUAUGAAGCCAGCGAUUGUGUCGAAAAAGCAAGGACUAGUGAAGAAGAUAGUCCUGAAGGAUAUGGUCAAAGAAAUAGGAAUCUACGGAAAAAAAGUUUUAGAAACAAAAACAGAGUCGGUACAAGGGAUAAAAUUUUGAAAAGUUUGGAUUCGGGCUCAGAUGAAAACAAGAAAGAGAACGUAACAAGGCACACAAAAAAAAAUAAUAUAUAUUCCGAUACAGAUGAAGAUAAUGAUAGAACGUUGUUUACUGCUUUACAAGAAAAAAAUAUUUCAACUAUUCUAUCUGAUCUCGAAGAAAUAAGUAAAGAUAGUUGCUUCGAAUUGGACGAAAACGUGAUUGAGCCCACAUUUUUAACAAAGAUAACAAACACGCCGAAAAUGAACGAAUUUAGGCGCUCUCUUACCCCUGUUCCACCACCGGGGUACAAUGAAGAAGAAAUUAAAAAAAAUGAUGACUGUAAACCAAAGUCAGUAUUUGAUUAUAAUAGAAUUUACAGCGACUCCGAGGAGGAGAAAGAAUAUCAGGAAAAGAGAAGAAGAAAUACUGAGUACAUGGCUCAAAUAGAACGAGAAUUUUUAGAGGAACAAGAGAAGAGUGUUGAAAAUUCUUUGGAUAGAAACCUACAAUCCCCUAAUACCACGGUACAAAGCGGAAAAGCCCCCAGAAAUAAAAAUGACGAAACUCGAGAAAUAUUUAAUUCCCAAAUUAAACCAUGCUUUGAAAGUGCAAGUAAAGUUGACAUUACUGCAGUCAAUGUAGAAAAUAUUGAGAAAAAUCUAAAUGAAUUUGUCGCUGUAGAGAGUGAUGUUCUUUCAAACGGUUGUAACAAAGUGUAUCCAAAUUCAAAAGGUGAAACCAAAGGAACUCAAUCGCCAGUGUAUUCUGACGGCGGUUCCAGUCAAGCGUCACAGGCCAGCCAGGUUGCGCUAGAGCAUUGUUAUUCGUUGCCGCCGCACGCACAAUCAGUUUCUUUGUGCGAUUUUCCAUCUGGCCAGUUGAAUGAGACUAAAAACAUUUUAAAACAAGAACCAGAAAACACUGCAAUUGUUAACCAAAUGACGAGGACAGGUCCAGGCAGACCUCGCAAGGAUCCAAGUCGUACUCAAAAGAAAAAGAAAGAUUCGGUCCUCAGGGUGCCAAAUGUAAAGAACAAAAUGGCACCAAACAGAGAUGCGUGGGCCGAAUUGGCACGAAGAACUGCAAAUUUUGUUCCGUGUGAUAUGUAUAAAACUCGUGAUCAGAAUGAAGAAAUGGUUAUUUUGUACACUUUCUUAACAAAAGGCAUUGAUGCAGAAGAUAUAAACUUUAUAAAAAUGAGUUAUUUGGACCAUUUGCAUAAGGAGCCGUAUGCUAUGUUUUUAAAUAAUACUCACUGGGUGGACCACUGCACAACUGACCGAGCUUUUUGGCCACCGCCUCCAAAAAAACGAAGAAAAGAUGAUGAACUGAUGCGCCAUAAGACUGGAUCUGCACGAACUGAAGGAUUUUACAAAUUAGAUGUUCGAGAAAAAGCUAAGCACAAGUACCAUCACGCUAAAGCCAAUACAGAAGAUUCCCUUAAUGAAGAUCGGAGCGAUGAACCUACAGCACUUACAAACAAUCAUCACAAUAAAAUAAUUUCCAAAAUGCAAGGAAUUUCCCGCGAAGCUCGCUCAAACCAGCGAAGGCUCUUGACAGCCUUUGGUUCUAUGGGUGAGUCAGAGCUCUUAAAAUUUAAUCAGCUAAAGUUUCGGAAGAAACAGCUUAAAUUUGCCAAAUCUGCGAUACAUGAUUGGGGAUUAUUUGCAAUGGAGCCCAUAGCUGCAGAUGAAAUGGUUAUUGAAUAUGUUGGUCAGAUGAUUCGACCUGUAGUUGCUGAUCUAAGAGAAACAAAGUACGAAGCGAUUGGAAUUGGCAGUUCCUAUUUGUUUCGAAUCGACAUGGAAACUAUAAUCGAUGCAACUAAAUGUGGAAACUUAGCUCGUUUUAUAAAUCACAGUUGCAAUCCGAACUGCUACGCUAAGGUUAUAACUAUUGAAUCUGAAAAAAAAAUAGUUAUAUAUUCAAAGCAACCCAUUGGUAUCAACGAGGAAAUAACGUACGACUAUAAAUUUCCAUUGGAAGAAGAAAAAAUACCGUGCCUGUGUGGCGCCCAAGGAUGUCGAGGCACACUUAACUAAUACUUAUUUACAACUAUGAAUGAAAUAUUUUAGAGCUCAU